GAAAUCUUAUACAUUAGAGUUUGUCGAUCAAAAAUGGUAAUUGUGCGUUAACAGCUGUCAACCAUGUCGAUACGCAAAUACGCUGUCAGAACUUAUUUACAAAGCAUCAAAGACAGAGGGAGGGGGAGAAAGGAUAAACGAAUAACGAAAAACAAAGGAUUGAAUGAAUGAAGCGGGUACUUUAACCAUCCUAUAUUUUACAGACAACAAACCAAAGGAUGAGGACAGCAGCAUUGCUGGGCCUGCCGUGGUGCAUGUGAGAGACUACUUCAAAAUUCACGAAGAUAUGCGAGACACCAGCUCCUUCCUUAUCUACAACGAGGAUCACAACAAAUGUGUGAAUGCUGUGAGUGCUUCAGUAAUACAGACAGCACCAUGCGAUGUAUCUUCUGAGGCUCAGCGUUUUCGAUGGAUUUCUUCUUCACGAAUUAUCAGCCUCUCUUUUAAACUCUGCUUGGGGGCCCAGAACAUCAAAGACUGGGUCAAAAUUCUCCUUCUGCCCUGCAAUGAACUCAGUCCUCUACAAACUUGGGAAUGUAAGAAUGAGACCUUGUUUGGCUUAAAGGGACAGCCACUGCACCUGAAUUAUGGAAAUCGAAAUGAGCCAAAUAUGAUGUUGUACAAGGGAACAGGUCUUUGGAGUCGCUGGCAGAUGUAUGGGACCAAAGAAGAUUUGUGUUCUCAUGGAUAUCAAGCGUUAUAUACAAUAGGUGGAAAUUCAUUUGGGAAACCAUGCCAGUUCCCGUUUAAAUUUGAUGACAAGUGGUAUGCCCAAUGCAUUGUUGAGGGCAGAGCAGAUGGUCAGCUAUGGUGUUCCACAGAGACAGACUACGACACAGAGAAAAAGUGGGGCUUCUGCCCAACUAAAAUCGGCUCAGGUUGGGACAGCGAUCCAGUGACUGGUGUGUUAUAUCAAAGGAACACGCAGUCUGCACUGACUUGGCAUCAGGCACGAACAAGCUGCCAGCAACAAGAUGCUGAUCUUCUCAGCAUUUCAGAGCUGCAUGAGCAGACUUAUAUAUCAGGCUUAACAAAUCUCUUUGGCUCCACACUAUGGAUUGGGCUUAACAGUCUUGACUUUGAGAGUGGCUGGCAGUGGAGUAAUGGAAACCCAUUCAGAUAUCUAAACUGGGCUCCUGGUCACCCUUCCCUGGAACCAGGCCUGAACUGUGCAGCAUUAAAUGCUGGUAAAGCAUCAAAGUGGGAGAGUAUAGCCUGCAGUAAGAAAUUAGGUUACAUCUGUCGCAAAGGCAAUUCCACAGAUAACACACCUCCGCCAGGUAAAGAUCAGCCUAACUUCUGUCCUGUUGCAUGGGUUCCAUAUGCUGGUCAUUGCUAUUAUCUGCAGCGGACCAAGAUUAUGUGGAGUGAUGCGUUAGCAGCAUGUCACAGAGAAGGAGCAGACUUGGCCAGUAUACACAACAUAGAGGAGCACAGUUUCAUUAUAUCACAGAGUGGAUACUUGCCUAAUGAUGAACUCUGGAUUGGACUUAAUGAUCAGAGGAUUCAGAACCUGUUUGAGUGGUCAGACAGAACACAUGUCACCUUCACCAAGUGGCUUGCUGGAGAACCUUCACACAUAAUAAAUCGCAUGGAGGAUUGUGUUCUCAUCAAAGGAAAGGACGGCAGAUGGGCAGACCAUAUGUGUGAGAUGGAGCGUGGCUACAUCUGCAAAAAGAAAUCAUCUAGCAAGCCUUAUGGCACCCCAGAGGUUGUCAGUCCUGGAUGCCUAGCUGGUUGGGUUAGGUACAGCUCUUACUGUUAUAUUAUUGCCAUGGAAAGCAAGUCUUUUAAUGAGGCCAAACUGAAAUGUGAGCAGACAGGAGCUCGUUUGGUUGAUGUUGCCAACAGGUAUGAGAAUGCUUUUCUCAUUAGCCUGGUCGGUCUUAGGCCUGAGAAGUAUUUCUGGAUUGGCCUAAGUAAUACUGAACGACUUGAGCACUUCCAGUGGAGUAAUGGUGAUAAAGUCAAAUUUACACACUUUAAUGUUGGCAUGCCAGAAAGGCACAGAGGUUGUGUUGCCAUGUUAACAGGAACUUCAGCAGGAUUAUGGGAUGUACUGGACUGUAACAGUAAACAGAAAUACAUCUGUAAAAAAAUGGCAGAGGGUGUUACAACCACGCAAGUGCCCCCAACUACACAGCCUCUCAGCUGUCCAGCUGAGUGGACUAAAAAAGAUCCAGGGAAUUGUAUUCAGAUAUACCAGAGACAAAAUGAUGAGAAGAAGACUUGGUUUGAGGCUCGUGAUUUCUGUCAAGCCAUUGGUGGUGACUUGGCAAGCUUCCACUCUCAUCGAGAAAGCAACAAGUUACCGUAUUUAACUGGAGACCCAUCAUGGAUAGGUUUCAGUAUGCUGAAUAGUAAUUCUGGUUUUGUGUGGACUGAUGGAACCCCUUCUGAUUUUGAGAACUGGGGGUUUGGAGAACCAAAUAACUACAACAAUCAAGAGCACUGUGCAGAAAGCAGCCUUUAUUAUGGACACAAGUGGAAUGAUCGUGAUUGUGAAUCCUAUAAUAACUGGAUUUGCCAGAUACCAAUAGGCACAACUCCAAAACCUCCACCAACUACUGCAACCCAGGUGGAAUAUAACAAGACAUCUGAUGGCUGGAUCCAGUACAACAGUAGUCAGUAUUUCAUUAAUGAUGACCCCCUACCUAUGGAAGAUGCUCGCUCAUUCUGCAAGAAGAAUCAUGCAGAUCUUGUUGUCAUUUCUGGCCAAACAGAGAGGAAAUUUUUAUGGAAACAGAUAUCUAGGAAGUCAGAGAAUCAAUACUACAUUGGGAUGGUAGUGGAAUUGGACAAAUCAUUUAGCUGGGUGGAUGGUUCACCCGUUGUAUAUACAUCAUGGGAUCAAAAUGAACCAAAUUUUGCCAACAAUGAUGAGAACUGUGUAACCAUUUACAAGAGUAUGGGAUUCUGGAACGAUAUUAACUGCGGUGUGGCAUUGCCCUCUAUCUGUGAAAGAAGUUCUGACUUAGUCAAUGUCACCAUGUCCCCCUCCACUGUGCAACCAGGAGGCUGUACUCCCGAAUGGACCAUGUUUCGAGGCAAAUGUUACAAGCUUUUUAAUAAUAAGAUGACAUGGCACAAUUCUCGGGACCACUGCAUUUUGCAUGGAGGCAACCUGGUGUCCAUUCUGAAUCAGGAAGAGCAAGCAUUCCUUACUACUCUAAUGCUUGGUUCAGAUGAUGAUGUAUGGAUUGGAUUUAAUGAUGUCAACUGGGAGAUGAGAUUUUUGUGGACUGAUGGUAAAGGUGUCACCUACAUAAACUGGGCUAAGGGUCACCCUUCAUUACACCCAGAUGGGCCUUCCAGGAUGUAUGGCUACUUUGAAUCAGAGAUUUUUGACUGUGUUGUCAUGGUUAGAAGCCCAGAAAAGAUGACUGGUCUGUGGAAAGUUAAAGUCUGCGGAAAUCAAAGAGGUUUCAUCUGCAAAAGGAAAACAGACUCUCAGCUUGCUCAUCCUGUGACAACAGCAUUGCCACAACAUUUCUUCACACUGGCAAAUGAUUCAUACAAGGUGCAGAUGGAGAAAAUGAGUUGGGAUGAAGCUAGAAGACAGUGUAAAGCAGAUGAUGCUGACCUUGCCAGUGUGCUUGAUUCCAUCAGCCAGGCUUACACCAUCCUUAGAGUCAGCAAACUUAAGGAGCCUCUGUGGAUCGGUCUCAACAGCAACCUGACAAGUGGUCAGUACCGCUGGGUGGACAGUUGGCUUCUAAGCUACAGUAAAUGGGCAACAGGAGAGCCCAAAAAUAAUUUAGCUUGUGUAUAUAUUGACACGGAUGGUGACUGGAAAACUACUGCAUGCAGCAACAAGUAUUAUUCCCUGUGCAAGCGAUCCACAGACAUUGCUCCCACAGAUCCACCUCAGAUGCCAGGAAACUGCCCUGAGUCAAAGAAGCAUAAAACCUGGAUCCCUUUUAGAGGACACUGUUAUGCCUUCAUGGCCUCUAGGUCUGACAACUGGGCUCAUGCCACAGUGGAAUGCAUGAGAAUGGGAGCAUCACUGGUGAGUAUAGAAGACCCAAUAGAAUCCAUGUUUAUUAAUCGGAAUAUUGAGAUCAUGCAGGAUGGAAUCAAAUCAUUCUGGAUUGGCAUGCACCGCAGUCAUAUGGGAGAAUGGAUGUGGAUUGAUAAUAUGGUGGUAGAUUACACAAACUGGAAACCCCAGAUGCCCAGUGAUUUUGGUAGCUGUGUGGAAGUCCAGUCAAACACUGGUAUGUGGAGUACCACAAACUGCAAUUCUUACAAGCCUUACAUUUGCAAGACCGCAAAAGUUAUACCACCAACAGAGAAACCAUCAAUACCACUCACUGUGGUGGAAGAGGCCCCUCAUGGCUCUGCUGGUAUCGCAGUAGGGGUUGUCUUGGUCAUAAUUGCUAUGGCAGGGCUUGCCACAUUUUUGUUUUUUAAGAAAAUCCCUAGGCCUGUGAUUGGAGAAUGUACGUUUGACAACAGACUCUACAUAAAUUCUGACCUGAUACGGUCUCCUGCCACAAUUGAUACAAAGGGACUUGUUGCAAAUAUUGAACAGAAUGAGCAUGCCUAACACAUACAUACACACUUUCACAUACAGAUACACACUGACAUGCAUACACACCCCUCACUAUGACAGUAGAGGAAGUGUCCCUGUUAAAGUCCAUCCAAACGGAAAUUUUAAACUUGAGCGUACAGUACUUUGUAAAUCUGGGGAGGGCUUAUAAAAUACAUGUGUAUCAUUUAAGCCCACCUGUGUUCCAGAUGAACCCACCGUGUGUUUAUGUGUUGAAUGCUCUUUAUUUUAUAAAAACAUUUUUGAUCUGUCAUUCCAACUAAUUAAAGAACUGAUGAUAGUAUACAAACAUGGAUUACAGUUUUAUAUACAGUUAAAGAAGUCUGUACAGUCUAAACACUUUUUGUAUAUGUAUGUUUCCUCAAUUAUAUCAUAGUUCCUGUAACCUGUUCUUGCUUUAUAAACACCUGCAAUCUUUCUUUUCUCUCUCCUUUCUUUGAAUAAACAUGUAUUAGGACA